AUUUUGGACGAUGUAGAAAAACUACCGAAAUUAUGGAUGAUGAAGUGUUUGGCAUAAUACCAUACGUAGCGCCUGAAGUCCUGCAAACUAAAAAGUACAUUACUGCCAGCGACAUUUACUCCUUUAGAAUGAUAAUGUGGGAAAUUUAG